AGCAAGCAGUCUUCACUCAUUUCAUCAUGCCAUUCCUUUCAAGAAAUGACUCGUCAGACCCAGGCUGUGUCUCCUUUAACAGAAGCAGUAAAGAGUGGCUACAGGCAAACCUUGGCAGCUUCUCUGGUUUUGCAACCCCGGAUGAUCUGCAAGCCCUCAAUGCCAACUUCUCUAGUGUGGAGGUUGCCGAUCUUCUCUCUGUCAGUCAGUUAGCCCAGCUUGCUGCAACUCCCGCACAGCUAAAGAGUAUGGAAGAUGUGACAACAAUCAUGACAGUCAUCCACCCUGAUGACUUUGGUGCUUUCUUUGACCAAGUCUCACCAGCCAUUGAGAUGAACCCGGCCAACUACACAGUGGAGGUGAAAUCUGCCUUCCUCCAGGAAAUAUUUGACAGAGCGAAUUUGUCCUCUCCAGCUGUCAAUGACACAGAGUUCCAGCAGUGGCUCAGCGUUCGGCUGAACCCUCUAAUUGUUAACCUCUCUCCCAGCUUGGUGACACCUUUAUUUGACAUUGGGGAGAACAGGGGUUGUAAAAGCAGCCAAGACGUGAUUACAUUGCUGGACACACAACACGUGACAUUCAUCAACAACACCCAACAGGAGAUCUACAAAAACAUCCUCCUCUUCCUCCAAGGUCCAGUGCCCCUUAAGUGUUACAGUGGUGGAAGCUUCUUCAUCUAUCUGAGACACACUUUCCUCAGCUUUGGUUCUCCAGAUUUGUCGACGUUCACAUCUCUUCUGCCACAGGAACGCGAGUCAGAGCUCCUAAGUACCAUCAGCACCUCAGAGCUCCAACAGUUCCUCAGUCAACCCAACGUGCUAGAUGACAAGUCUGACAUCUGUGUCAUCUUUGACAACUACAACAACACCAAUGCAUUCCUAGAAACUGAGGAUGUUCCGGAUGAUGUGAAAGAGGUGACCCUUCCCUGUGUCUGGCCUUUGGCACUGAGCAGCAACAGCAGAUCCGAGGCAAAUGCCUGGUUUGAUCUACGGUUGACAAACUAUCUUAGAUUCCUCAACAAGGACCUCAUCAGCUCCAGCGAAGUGCACAAUGCUUCAUGCCUUGGCUUCCAGAAGCUGGUGUCUGUAAUGGGGAAUGACUUCAAUUACAACAACUCUGAGUUUGGACGAGAGGAUGUAUAUACUACUAUCAGCACCUACUUGGGCACUGACUCUGAAGCCAAAUGCUACAAUGCCAGUAAUGCAGAACUAAAUUCUACUGCCUGGUUUGCCAAUAACAUCGGCAGUUUUGUACCAUUUAUCACUGUGGAGGACAUCACCACCUUCAUCUCCCCCAGUCAACUUGAGGUGUUCUUGGUGGACCCAGCAAACCUGGAGCUCUUUAACAACACAGCACUUUCAGAAAACAUAACCAACUACUACAUCCUUCAUCUUUUUGAAUUCGACCCAACCUUCAGCCCUCUGAAGGUUCCAGGCUUCUUCCUGUGCUCUUCUGAGGUCCCAAGUUCGGCAUAUUCUUCUGCUAAUGAAGCUGACACCAUACAGCUCUUGGAGGAGUUGGACAAAUUCUGCAAUGGAACAGAGGAUCCUGAGGUAUCUGCUGCUCUGGCAUCCAAUAUCCAGACCUUCACACCAAAUACGUUUGAGAGCCUGGGUAGUGCCAGCGCAGGUCUGAGCAGCGACCAGCUCUCCUCAGUGGAACCAUCAGUGCUGCUUUCCUCUUUGCCCACGCUCAGCUCAGUCAGCACCUGGAACCAGGAGCAGAGCAUCACUAUCAUCCAAGUCCUAACUGUUUCAGGCUUCCAGAUCAACAGUGGAUCCUCCUUGGAAUCCCUUGGCUCGCUUAUUACUGGAGUUCCUGCAAAGUCAAUAGAAAGCAUCCCAGCUUCUGAGCUACUCAGCAUCUCCCAGAGCAGCCCCUUUGUUUCAAACAUGCUAACUGCCCCAACAGUUGUCCAAGAGACCUUCGUCAAAAAGAUCAUUUCUGUGGAGUCAAGUGCCCCGAACAUUGUGCAGAAUGUCCCUGAUGACAUGGCAGUUGAGAUUCCACCAUCCCUGCUUGUCUUCUCUGAGGAUACUUUGAACAUCAGUGUCAUUAACAAAAAGAAAUGGACAGGGGAUCAGGCCGCCAUGUUUUUUGAGACAGUGGGUGAAGCAAACUUUGACACUGAGGAGCUUGAACCACGUGUUCUGCAAGGCUUCACGUGCACGUCAGUCCAGAAAACAAAGAAAAAGAGGAUCAGGGGGUUGGUCCGUGCUUGUAGGUCGAGGAAAGGCAGGGCCAAGGUGCAGCUGAAGGAAUCACAGCUGACAUGCAUGUACAACCUGCUCAAAGGAGACAUCUCCCAGAAGUUCACAGAUUAUCCAUCAGACAUGCUUCUCUACUUGGACAACAAAGAUGUUCAGACUGCCAACUGCAAGUCCUACUUUUCUGCAAUGGGUGCUGCAGACUUCUCUGUGGCCUCCGGUAUUUUGAACAAGGACGGACUGCUAUUCAGUGAAGCCAGGAGCUGCCUGGGUAUAAGUGGAUCGAGUCUGAACAGAGAAAACGUGGAGGUGUUGGGGAACAUGUGCUGCACUUUCGACGGUUCUACCAUCGAGAACGCUGAUUCUGCCAUUCUGGAAAAACUCAAAGCCUGCAACGACUUCUCUGACAGCCAGGUGGCGGCCAUGGAGACGCAGCUGUUGUCUGGAAAAACACGAUAUGGGAAUGUCACCACCUGGAACAGACAAACACUGGAAGGCCUUGGAGACCUACCCCUGUAUUUCACAAGGAACUUCUGGGGCGAGUUCAAAACUUCAACGAAGAAAAAGUUCCUUAAGUCCUUCAUGCGCAAGCUAAGGAGAAGAAAGACGAAGAAGAGGAAGCUCAAGAAGCUAUUUAAACAGAUCAUCUCCACCAAGACAAAACGAGGAGCAGGCUGCACUGUGGGCAACAUCACACAGGUGACAGUCAGUGACGAUUCCUUCCCCUUUGGCUACGACCAAACGCAAUUUGACCUCUGCCUGGACAUCCCCGUCCUGAAGGACAACCUGAUCAAAAUCUGCGAGAAAGUGGACGACGAUGACUACCAGAAAAUCAUUCUGAAUAAGCUCAACCAGGCAUUCCCAUCAGGUGUUCCUGAUAAGUAUGUCCAGUCACUUAUGUCAGUGUCUCGUGUGGCGUCACUUGAUGACAUCUCCAAGUGGGACAUCACCACAGUUGACACCCUGUCAGCACUCAUGAAUUCUGAUGACGGAUCAUGGGAGACGGCAAAGAGCAAAGCAAUCAUCACCAAGUAUCUGAAUACUUCUGGAAACUCUCUGGGCAGUACAGAGCUCAACAGUAUUGGCUCUAACCUGUGCUCAUUGGACGUCAGUACACUGAAGACCGUCACCGCAGACAGCAUCAGUAAUGCCAAACCUCUGAGUUUGACGUCAUGUUCAUCGGAGCAGAAGAAAGCCCUGUAUCCCAUCUGUAAAGCUGCCUUCAGCUCACAGCUAAACAGUUCCAGUGUCUAUUACAAUUUAAUCAAGCCAUGUCUAGGUGGUGCAAAUCUGUCCGAUAUAAUAGACCUGUCAAAACUGAACAUCAGCAUGGAUGUAGACACCUUCCAGAGUCUGGAUCCUGAUGUGAUUAAAGGUUUGGAUGUGACCACUGUGAAAGCACUCACAGGUUCCCAUCUAGAAGAUUUGAAGUUGUUUGAGAAUGCUACCACGGUUGAGACCUGGAGAAAUCUGCAGACACAGAGAGCUCUGGAUACACUGGGCAUAGGCCUAACCACCAACAGAACCAGCUCAACCACCGUAGCACCCAGUGGCACCAGCAGCACAAACGCUGCUACGACAGAUGCAAAGAACAAUAUGACAACAGCACAAGGAAACACAAGCAGCUCAACUGCGGCCCCGACAGUGAUGACAACAAAAGGAAACACAAGCGGCUCAAACGCAACUGCGGCCCCGACAGUGAUGACAACAAAAGGAAUCACAAGCGGCUCGACUGCACCUGUGGCCCCGACAGUGAUGACAACACAAGGUAAUGCCACAAGCAGGGGAUCAGAGCUUGCAAAACACCAGACAUCCAUAUUCCUGGCUGCUCUGCUGACAACUGUGCUGCAAAUACUACAACAACCAGUCUAAAUACACAUCUGUCUGACUAAUCAUACCAAUCAAUAUUCAAUAGCUAUUUAAGUAAUUUUUCGCUCACAUCUUGAGAGUGAGAUUCCUUAAUAUAAUUAUAAGUUAUUUAUCCAUGCCUACAGAAUUGAUUUAUUGCACUGAUUUACUGCUUCACUCUGUCUCUUCGUCUUGUAAAACUAUGUUAUUGAACAAUCACUGAAAUGAUAAUAAUGUGUUUAAAGUGGUGAUAUGGAUUAUGUUAUAUGUGAUUUUGAAAUUAAGUAUUGCUAAUAAUAACAAUGAUGUUACGUCAUUAUAAAAGGCUAACAUUAAUGACAAAAAUCUUUCAAAUUGAUUGUAUUAUCUACUAUAAAUUCAACUGCACUGCUAUUUCUCAAAUGAAUAAAUG